GUGUACGCUCUGGCCCAGUUCACUUAAGGUGAAUGUGCGACCCUAACUGAACCUGCCGGAAGAAUAAAAACAAAGAGCCUGGCUAUGAGAUCGAGCCCACGACUAGCAGAAACCAGUAGGCUACGGUCGCACUGAGAGCAGCUGGCAACGAUCGUCUACAUACCGUGGACUUUUGUUUAAUUUUUUUGUAUUUUUUAAGAAUUUUUUCUUGAUGUGCAACAGUUUUAAACUGAUACAAAGUGAUGCUGUAAGUACAAUAACACCAUAAAGGCAACGGAUCUAUUCAGGUGGAGGCAUUGUCAAAAAGGAGGCACAUCAGCAGUCAACAGAGGUUGCCGUAUCCAUGACUAUGACAUUGACUGGACCACCGGUGAUGGGAGAGCAGGUUGGUGUGCUCCGAGAACUUGGAGGCAACUGCUCCUCUCCUUUGAGCAGAGGCAUGCUGGGAUCAGCUGGGGAAGUGGAAGGAGCGUUGUCCUUCACAGACGAGGCCGUGUCCAUCCUCACGUCCAGCAGCAUGCUGGUCCGCUCUUUACUGGGCCGCUCCUCCGGGCUGAAGCACAAGGAGAGCCUGAGCCCCAACAGCCUGCGGCGCAAGCGCGAGUUCAUCCCGGACGAGAGCAAAGACGACAGCUACUGGGACAAGCGCCGGAAGAACAACGAGGCGGCCAAGCGCUCGCGCGAGAAGCGGCGCGUCGGCGACAUGGUGCUGGAGAACCGCGUCAUGGCGCUGCUGGAGGAGAACGCGCGCCUGCGGGCCGAGCUGCUGGCGCUCAAGUACCGCUUCGGACUGGUCAAGGACCACGGCGACGCGCCCACCGCGCCCCUGUCGGUCACCCCCUGUGCCCAGGUCUCCGCGCCCGCCACCACCCCACGCUACUACCACCACUACCCAACUCCUGCGCCCGCCGUUCAGCAGCACCACCACCGCCAGGCCCUGCCACCCCAGCACGCGGGAGCCUACGGCGCACGAGGGGCGCGCGACAGCCACAGCGCGGCGGAGGACUCCGGCUUCUCCACGUCGGGCAGCUCCAGCGUCAGCAGCCCUGUGUUCUUCGACCACGGCCCCGCCGACAUGAGCAAGGCGUCGCCCCGCGUCCCCGGGGAGGGGCAGGGCUACGAGCCGCAGCCGGCGCCCGACGGAGAGACGCUGGCGGGGGGCAACGGCCUCGGCGAGGCGGGCCGGAGGGGGGAGUGCGGGGCGGAGUACAUGAAGAGUCUCCCGCACAAGCUGCGCUUCAAGGUGCCCGGCGCCAACGAGGGCCCGGAGACGACGCAGACGCAGGGGGACACCUGGAACUGCCCCGCACCGCCCACACACAGGGACUCCGGCGGCGAGCAGCCCAGGGGUCAGUACGGCUACGGGGCGUCCGACGGGCACACAGCCUGGCAGCAGCAGCACCAGCACCACCACCACCAUCACCCCCGUGAGCAGCCUCAGCCCGGCCUCUUCCCCAGCGGGUACCACCCCACAGCCCCACAGCCCCACACAGACUCCACGCCGCAGCAGCAGCAGCAGCAGCAGCAGGACAACAGCGCUCUGCGCUCGCAGCUCAGCUGCCUGAGUGUGGAGGUGGCCCAGCUCAAGAAGCUGCUCUCCCACCAGCUGCUCUCCAAGCUGAGCUGAAGCGUGGGCAUAGGGCCCUGCCACCCACCCGCCUACCUCACCACCGCAGAGAGCACCUCAGGACACUAUAGCAGGAACGGACAGGUCACGGGGUCACGGGGUCACGGGGUCGCCCACCCCUCCUGUCCUCAGGUGUGCUUCUGUGUCUCCACUCUGUACUGUGUACUGUGUUUCAAUCCGCCCUGGGCCGCCUGCCCUACAGUCUCUGUAACUGUGAUCAGUUUGUAAAUGGGCUGUAAAUCACGUUCCCGCUGUAAUCAGAUGUGCUGAGCACUGUGACUGGUCCCUGGGUGGGGCCUCAGUAUUGGUCUCCAUCACUGGGAUUUCACUGACCACAAUAACUGUGCAUUCCAUGAAACCCUGUGUUGCUGUCAACAUUAAACUGAAGCCUUACUGAAUCUGUAGGCUACAUGGUCACAUCAGUAUAUUACCAAGAAGUAUUCUCUUUUUCAGUAUCUUAGACAUAUAUUUUGUUCACUGCCAGCAAGCCCAAGAAAGAAAGUAUUACUUUGAAUUGUUUCAAAAUCCGUAUCAGUUUAUUUUUUGUGCAUGAACCUCAUCAAUAUGAAAAAAGCUAGAGAUCUAAUAUUGGGGGAAAUCUCAGCUUGAACAGGUUAGUUUGAAACACUGAACCCUUUUCACAUGCACAGUGGUGGAGCUAUAGCAACAUCAUCAUCUUUAUCAGCUUGGAUACAAGUCCAAUUACACUGCUAAGCAAAUCCAUCUGUUUGCACUGUUUUUCUUUCUAUACAUUUAACAAAUACUGUAAAUUGUGAUACUGUUUCAUGUGACAUUUUGUUCUAAAUAAAUGUUAAAUAUGAAA